AUGGCCACCGCCAAUGUUUCCUGUGCGAAUGAGAUUCCCUUCCUCAUGUUUCUUCAAACAGAUGUUUCUCUGCUCAUUUGCGCCGUUUUAAACUGCUUCUUUGCCGCUACAACCACGGUGGGAAAUUUAUUGAUUAUUAUCAGCAUCUUUCGCUCUCCAGCUUUGCGUUCGACGGCAAAUUUUUUGCUUCUCGGCUUAGCUAUUGCUGAUUUUGGAGUAGGCGUGGUAUUAGAGCCGCUGUACAUUACAGUCCUGCUCAAACUUUUCAUGGCUUCGCCUGUCAGUUGCACCUUGGCAGUUUCUUUCACAUCCGUUUCGUCGUUUCUAGUUGCAACUUCCAUGUUUGCCGUCACGGCCAUCAGCCUGGACAGAUACCUGGCGAUUCAUUUCCAUUUGAGAUACAAGGAAUUCUUCACGGAGAAAAAAGUCAUUUAUCUGCAGAUUUCUCUGUGGAUAACAAGCGGACUUCUCACUUUAACAAGGAUGGCGGGUUUUAGAAUCUACCUUGUUAUCGCUUUAAUCAUUGUCAUAGUUUGUCUGAGUAUCAUUUGCCUCGCCUACUGUAAUAUUUUUCUGGUUUUGAGACGGCAUCAAGUUCAGAUUCAAAAUCAAAUGCGCACCACAGAUAGAAUAAAAAACUUGAAGCAAUUGCGAAGCUCGGUUGUAAACAAAUUUUACGUGUUUUUCGCGCAUCUAGUUUGUUUCUUGCCAUUCGGUUGCCUGACUAUAAUCGCUAACACUUCACGUACACGAAGCAGAGCCGUCAUGUUACUUAAUUUGCUCUCCACGUCUAUUAUUUUAUUUAACUCAUCUUUAAACCCUCUCAUUUACUGCUGGCGCCGACAAGACUUUCGAGAGAAUGUUAAGCAAACUUUAAAAAACCACUGCUGUUUAUGAAAGAUUAUCAAAAAAUAUGGCUUUGUUAUAUUUUGCGUUGUCUGGAGAAUUUGAUAGGGUUUUGACCAGAUUGUAAUUUUGUAAAGUCGUUUAUUUUAGAGCAGUCGCAGAGUACAACGUACUAGCGAGAAAGAAAUUUUUUCCUAAGCUAUCGGAUCUUUUAAACAUUGGGAUGUAACGAGGUAAUUUUAAUUAUUGUGAAAAGUUAAUAAAUUUCAUUGUUCAUAAA